GAACAACAGAUUUUCCGAUGGGAUGAUAUCGUCCCUAGCGAGUCCCUCGAGUAUACGCCCUGUUUCUCAUCUUUUCUCUGCGCGCGAUUAUCCGUACCGCUGAAUUGGAACGCUACCACUACCCCAACAGCAAGCAAUGAUGAGCCCGAAGAAGCAGAAACGCGCGUCGCAGUGGCUAUCAUAAAAUUGCCCGCCAAGGUCCCAGUGACCGACCCUCAAUACGGAGGACCUAUCAUCGUCAACCCCGGCGGACCUGGUGAAUCGGGAAUCUAUCAGGUCCUAUCAGAUGGCGAAAGCCUGCAAGCACUUGUUGACAGUGAGGGCAGCGAUAUCACCUUAUCGAAUAGCGAAGUCCAAUUCCCGAAACACUUCGAUAUCCUGUCAUUUGACCCGAGAGGGGCAAACAAUACCACCCCCCGUUUACGCUGUUUCCCAGAUGCGUUCAGUCAGCAAGUCUGGCAGUUGCAGUCGCCAGACUAUGGGCUAUUAUGGCAUAGCGAGAGCAUUAUUGGGAUGGAUUGGGGGCGAGCAGCGGCACUUGGAGCCAGUUGCUCACAUGGAAGAGACCACGACGCAGAGAAUAUUGUUCCGUACUUGAAUACGGCGCAGACAGUCGAGGAUAUGCUUCAGAUUGUUGAAAAAGAAGGAGAAUGGCGAGAACAAGAAGCACGAAGAUUGAUGACAGGUGAACGCCCCAGGACAGGAAACAGCAUCGGAAGCGAAGAGGACGGAGAAAUCAUCAAACGAGUAGCAUACCGACCCAGUGAGGAAAAGAUCAAAUACUGGGGUAUGAGUUACGGGACCCUGCUAGGCGCUACCUUCGCCGCCAUGCACCCUGAUCGGGUCGGCCGAAUGAUUCUCGACGGCGUCGUCGAUCCAGCCGACCACUACUCCGGACGCUGGCUAACCCAACUGCAAGACUCUGAUCAAAUCGUGUCGAAAUUCUGCGAAUAUUGCUUCCAAGCUGGACCGGAGAAAUGUCCAAUCUAUACCGGCUCUUCACCUGCAGAUGUUGAAGCGCGGUUUACAUCCAUUCUCUACCAUUUGAAAGAAAACCCCAUUGCGGUGUCUCCUCUUCGCUCCGACGGUAUCAGUAGCCCGGAAAUGGUAACAUAUAACGACGUCCAUUUGCGACUUCUCUCCGGCUUAUAUUUCCCAUUUACAAUGGCAGAGAAUUUCUUUAGCCUUCUGCUUGCGCUGGAGAGCAGAAAUUCGUCCUCGCGAGACUUGGUGACUAUGGUCAGUGGAAAGCAGGCCCUGCUCACCCCAUCCGGAUGCCAACAAAACGACGAAGAAUCAUCCGAACUCAAUGUUCCCUAUGUAUCUGGCGUAGGGGCCUUCCAGGCGAUUUCAUGCAUGGAUAUUGGCGGCCCGUUAAAUCUCACGCGGCAAGAUUUCCGAGACUACCUGGCUGAAUUGCUAGGCCAGAGUCAAUGGAUCGGCCCCAGCUGGGCACGCAACAAACUGGCAUGUGAGGGAUUCACAGUGACGCCUGUAUGGAAACCUGCUUUGAAGUUUGAAACGCAAGAAUGGGCGAAUACUUCACACCCGCUGUUGAUAAUUGGUAAUUCGCAUGAUACCGUAACCCCAUUGCGCAACGCGAGGCGUGUCUCAAGAGAGUUGUUUCCCGGAAGUGCGGUGUUGCACCAGGAUUCCGAGGGUCAUUGUUCACAUUCUAGCCCGUCGUUGUGUACGGCGAGGGCAAUCCGAGAAUACUUCCAGACCGGACUGGUGCCUGAAGAAGGCACAGUCUGUGAACCGGAAAUGAAACCCUUC